AUGAAGUUCAGCAUCCUUGCACUCUCGGCCUUGCUGGCCUUCGUCGCGGCCGCAGACACUACCACCUUGAAUCCUUCAACCAUUACUACCACUGCCGAGAUUGAAUGCGCCAAGAGCUCCUCAACUGUAGGCGAUGCAACAGAUAUCUGCUGCACAGCCAAGUGCUACCAUGUACCCUGUCCCAGCGAUAACCAAGUAAAUGACACCAACAAGUGUGUCUCUGCCUGCCCUCAGGGUAACGGCUCUCCGGCCGACACCCAGAAGUAUGCCGAGUGUGAGCAAUCUUGCUAUAACUCCCACUUCUGGGGCGGCAACGGUAGCGGUGCAACUACAACCUACUCUUCCCCAACCUCCAGCACGGGCAGCACUACCACACAGACUAGCUCUGACUCGUCGGGCACUGAUUCCACGUCUUUGAGCAACAAUGACAGCAAUGACAACAUCGAUAAAAAUGGUUCUACCUCCUCGGCCACUGCUACUAGCUCCUCGGGCUUCUCGCAGCAAACCACCAACGCCGCUGCUAAUGUGAAGCUCGGUGCCUCCGCUGCUGGUCUUUUUGGCUUGGUUGUUGCUGCCCUUGCUCUGUGA